AUGGUUGAGGACGUCAAGCCAUCCGAAAUGUCAACUACCAAGACCACUGAUGUCCCCCUGACACUGGUGGGGAGUCACACCGGCGAGGUUGAAGAAUUGGGUGACUCGCCCGUGAAGAAGAGGUUGAUAUGGAAGCUCGACUUGAUCGUUUUGCCUGUGCUGGCUAUGAUCUACUUCACCAACAGCCUCGACCGAGCCAACCUGGGAAACGCAAAGACUGAUGGCAUCGAAAAGGACCUUCACUUUGGUGCUAACCAGUACUCCUUGGUCCUGACACUGUUCUAUAUUCCUUAUGGUACUCUGAACAUACCCACCACGAUUUUGGCGAAACGGUUCAGCCCAGCCGUCGUGAUCCCCGUCCUCAUGUUUGGCUGGGGUGCUGUAUCCAUUGGGGCUGCAGCGGCAAAGAACUUUGGCGGUAUUGCCACAACAAGGAUUCUGCUGGGCGUUGUGGAGGCCGGGUUUUUCCCCUCCGCCAUCUACUACCUGUCAAUGUUCUACACUCGCCAUGAAAUUGCUAAAAGGAUUUCGUUAUUUUACAUGAUGGGAUUCGUUGCAAAUGCUUUCUCGGGAUUGAUCGCCUACAGUGUCUUCCAAUGGCAUAGAAGCCUUCACAACUGGCAAUAUCUUUUCAUUAUUGAGGGUAGCCUGACAGUUUUUCUCUCCAUCGUCGCCUUCAUGAUCCUGCCUCGAAGUUUGGCCUCCUCAAGAUAUUUCACUCAGGCAGAGAAGGACUAUGGAACGCUUCGGCUGCAGAAGGAGUUUGAAAUUGAGCCGAUCAAAUUCUCGUGGUCCGCAGCCCUGAAACCCCUCUUCAACUGGCAUACGUGGAUGUUCGGUUCCAUGUCUCUAUGUUACGGAGUCGCAGCGGCCACCCUCUCUAACUUCUUGCCCACCCUUAUCAAGCGAUUGAAGCCCGACACCGUUCAGGCCAAUCUCUUCACCAUCGCGCCCAACCUCAACGGAGCUGUCUGGAUUGUGGUCGUCUGUUGGAUAUCUGACCGGUUCCAAGCUCGAGGAGUCUGGUCGGUGAUAACAAUGGGGACAUCGAUGAUCGGAUUCAUCUGCUUGGGCUCGGUUGAUCUUGUUCACAAGACAGGAGUGGGCUACUUUUUCACCUUUCUCUUGACAUUUGGUACAUUUACGCCCGCCGUGUUGGUUCCGGCAUGGGCGACCAGCAACAUGACUUCCAACUCGGCUCGUGCCACGACUCUGGGACUGCUCGCCGGGCUCCAAAACAUUGCGGGAAUCAUCUCGUCAUAUGCGUUCAGAAGCCAGGAUGCUCCAGUAUACCGACCCGCUUUGAUCGUUUCCGGCUGCUUCCAGGGCGGCCUGAUUCUGGCGGCCUCGUUUGCCUGGUUCUACUAUCGACGGGUCAACCAGCAACUCGACAGUGGGAAGAAGACGUCGGUGCGAGGCAUGGAGCAGAACCCGGAAUUUAGAUAUGUUCUGUGA